AUGAGAGAUAAGUUGGAGAGCACAAAGCCAGACUGCUUGACAACAACUCUUUGGCGCACACGGCAGCGCGCUGUCUCCAGCAGACUCGAAACAUUCGCUGUCAGACCAGCGAGCACAGACCAGGGCACUUCUCGCCCUCACUUCACCGAAGCACCAAAACAAACAAGCGAACUUCACCUUCACUUGCUUCAAAUUGCACAGCCCUGUUCAUCACCCCUCCGCUUGCAGGCCUCCUCCGUCUGCACGCCACCCCUCAUCAUGGCCGAAGAGACCAGCACAGGCGCCGCAACGCCAACUUCCGCAAGCUUCGACGCAGGUGCACAAGACCUUGUGCCAUCACACGGCCCACAAAGUGCCGGCACUCACGGUCAAGUCAAGAGAAAGCUCCAGCUUUCAGGCAGCUUCAAUACCAUCUCAGGUGCGAGCUCGUCCGGUCGCAUGAGGCCACCGAUGCCACUAUAUUCAUCGGACACCUGGUCGCCCACAUCCGCCGCACCACUGCGCAGCGCUGGAAUCCCUCCAAAGUCCAGCUGGGACAGCUUUGAUCGGCGCAGUUCUGUCGCUCCGCCAUUGCCAUCUCCGUCGCACUCUUUCACCACAGGUGAUCCCGGCAACAUGAGCUUGCCUGCGCGUGCUGCGGGGGCCAUCAACGGUAAUGUGAACUUCACACGCAACGGAAAUGGACGCGUGGCUGGCGCGCAAGUGUCUCCUGGUCCGGCCAGCUUCCAGCAUACCAGAACGCUCGAGUACCACAACUCACCCACCGCCACAAGCUUUUCGGGCUUCUCGAACAAUGUCGCGCAGACCGAUCCGCUACCGCAGCGUCAGUUCACAUACACGGGUCACAAGACUGGCGAUUCUUCCAGUGGUGGCAGUUUCUCCAGCCGCAACUUCGGUAUGCUAGACACACCGCGAUCAAGCACAUCCACGUUCGCGUCACAGAUUGGCCACGAGCAGCAAAGCUCUGAUGACCAGCAGUCCGUUGCUAGCGGCUCGGUCGCCCUCAGUGACCACUACACCAUGACAAACCCUGACCAAGCCGGUUCCAAGUGUGACGUCUGGGCGGAAAAAGCCUUCGCCAGAAGCCUGAGACGUGGGCUGAAGGACCCGCACGCAGACUGGGAGGAGGCAUACCCCGGCGCUCUCGCGGUGCUCUCUGCGCUCAACCCCGAGCACUAUCAGAUGCCAUACGGCACUCGUGCUGUCAACAUCAAAUCAGAGUAUCCGAAGAACGUCCUCACCUCCAUCCGUGUUGGCAAGUAUUCCGUGAUGCGCAAGGUGGCCGAUCGCAUCAUGCAAGUGUGGGAGGCUCGUGAGGAUCCGGCCGAGAAGGUCAUCUUCUUGUUCUCGAUCAAUGGCAGCAAGCGCUUUGCUGGUCUUGCUGAGAUGUGCGGACCAUACAAUCCGGAGGAUAGCAUUGCCGACUGGAUCGACGCGUCAGAUGCGACAGCUCCUUCUGUUGGCUCGUUCCCCGUCACUUGGGUCUAUGUCAAAGACAUUCCCUACCAUCAAUUCAGCCACAUCCGUCAGCCACACAAUGAUCACCCCGUCGGAAACAUGUGGAAUGGUAUGAACUUUCCAAGUGACAUCGGUCGUAUGGUGAUCGAGAAGUUUGUCACCACGCCAGCAACCUCCAGCAUCCUCGGAUAUCCAAGAAACUACAAAGAGAAUGAGGCUCUACUGGCCUCCGGCGGCCUAGACGGCGCCAACGACCGUCGCCAGGCCCAGCGUCGUGGCACUUUCAGCAGUCGCGGCGAGCGUGGAGGCGGACGUGGUGGCCGUGGAGGCCUACGUAUCAACUCGCAGAACUGGAGAUCGCAUCAUGACCCGAAUCAGCGCUACGACUCCUCUGAGGAGGAUCAUACCCCUUUGGCUGCGCGUCCACCCAGGAUGCCGAAGGUGCAGGUGGAUGGUCAUGCUCCGAAUCUGAGCACCGCCGGAGGUGGCAAUGCUGUAACGUAUCAGCCUGGUAUGCUCAUGACUGUCGCCGUCAACGAUCGAGGCCGGCUGGUCUUGGUGCCGGCUCCACAAAGCAGUGCCAGUUCUACCGCCUCCAGCGUCGGAAGCCGCAGUAAUCACGGCUCUCGCAGCUCAAAUGCUAUGGCAAUGCCCGGUGUGUCAUCUCAUGCUGGUGGCUUGCAUGGCGCACGCUCUCUGAACAGUCUGCAUCAACAUGCAUCAUCCAUGUCGGCUGUCCGGCCUCCAUCGGCAGCGAACGCUUCAUUGCUGCACCCAGCCGUGUCCAUGGGCAACAUUGGAUCGCAGUAUGGCAUGAACAAUCAGAUCAGCAGUUUCGACAGUGGAUACGGUACAACUUUACAGCCGGGUGACGAGACACCAACCCAUCGACCACCACCACAUGCUGCUCGCGGUGCGCUCAGCGUCGAGCCCAAGCUGAUGACAAUGGAGAAUGUGGAGGAUGUGGACCUGUUGCUCGCCAAGUUCCACACCAUUGUCGCCGAGCAGUAUGCGCUUCAGCAUCAGCUGAAACUGCCAACUCAGAGCGACAUGGCUAUUCGCUUGCUGAAUGCGAAGAGCGCUCGAGCCAUGGCUGAGAAGAACGAAGUUGGCAGCAAGUUGGGCCUGCUUGGCGUCAAGCAGAUCGCCAGCUAUCUGCCUGUCCGCCGUGACAGUGUCAUUGUGGCCAAUCAGCAGCAGCUCGCGAUUACGAGCGGUAAUGGCGAUAUCUCGCCAGGCCGUGUUCAAGGCACCUCGAUGAUCACUCCCUCCGGAGGCAACGACAACACACCACAAGCGAAAGAGAACACGGUCUUCGACAAAGCUCCCGGUGGCAGCGGCCGCGCCAAGAGCCACACCUACAACCAAUCAUGGGACCUGCAGAUGAAGAAGAGCAUCACCGACUUGAUCAAGUCGCCGAAGAAGAGUCCCGUCCCCGCUUCCUCCGGCCAGCCAAAGUCCCCGUUCUUCCCUCAGACCAACGACUCUGCUGAUGGCCGCGUCUCGGCCAGUUUCCCAACACCAAGCCGGUCUGGCCCAGGAAGCACUCCGACCGAUGCCAUGAAGAACUUCAGCUUCGGGCCAGGUAGAACUCCGACAGACACCAGCAAGAGCUUCAGCUUCGGACCACCUGCCGAGCAGUCUUUCAACCAGAGUGGAGGUAGUGGAAAGCAGAACUUCAGCUUCUACGGCUCAGGAGGCGGCGCGAACCUCAACUGA